AGUAGUUUUUCAGCCCUUAUAUAUAGAUAUAUAUAUAGUGUUAUACAUCUAAACAUGAAAUCAGAAAAACUAAAAAGAAACUUUUGGGUCUCUGCUGAAAUUGAAUGUAUGCUUAAAUUUAUAGGGGAGCUUAAUAAUGUUCAAAGAUCUAUUUCUGCAAAUACGACGCAAAACACAUUUAACCAAAUUGCCAACAAAAUGAAAAAAAGUGGAUAUCCAAAUAAAUCACCUACGCAAAUACGAAGAAAAUGGUUUCAAAUGAAGUCUGCGUAUUUAUGUUACAAAAAAGGCAAUAUUGACCGACUGUUUCUUAUACCUGAAAGAUUUCGAAAUGUAAUUGCACAGUUUGUAGAAAACGGCGAUAAGUUCGGCCGUUCAUGUAGUAUGUCGACUAUCUCGUUGACAAAUCAAUACCAUCGUUACGAUGUCAAUUCUUUAGUCAUGGAUAAAUUUUUGAACCAAGUUAAAAAGAACAAUAAACUAGUCAAUUCGGAAUAUACAAAACUGGAGCGAUCUCUGUUGCAAUAUGACCACAAAUGGCAAAUCGUUCGAGAUGCUAAUAUUAUUAAAAAUAUAAACUAAUUUUAUUGUUAAUCUUGCCGAUCGACUCUUCAAAUAUAAAAAUAAGGUGCAAUAAGUUUUAUUACUUCUGCUUAUGCUUGUGAAAAUAUCAGAAGUCCAAGCUACAGUUAGCAGCGACAAUUAAAACUGUAGACUUCUGCAGCACAGCAAAGGG